AUGCGGAUUGCUUUAUUUGUGGCCCUGAUUGUUUAUUUUGCAGUAUUUUGGGUGGACGGCAGAGGUGGACGACGAGGGGGCAAAGGGAAGGGAAAAAGUAAUCUGCAGUUCGCGCAGGUCGCAGAGUUCUCGUUGAUCCAACAGGAGAUUCUGGAUAAUCGGGUGAGUCUAGAUGUAAACUUUGCAAGGAAAGUUUUUUGAUAUAUCAGUCUGAAUUUUUCGAUGAAAAAAUUUUUUAUCAGUUUGUCGGGAAAAUAAUGAGCAAUAUGUCGAAGUAAAAAGCAAUUUGAUUUUGUCGCGACACAAUUCAUUUUCUUGGCGUUGAUGCGAUUUUCGAUGCGACAGAGUGCUCAUUAUUUUCCCGACAGACUGAUAGGUAAACAAAAAAGUUUAUAAAAGUCGAUGCAAUUUUAUUUCUUUUAUUAGUUUGAUUAUUUCCCAAAACUUUGGCUUGCUUUCGAGCUCGUUCUCAUCAUUCUUUGAGUGGGAAGUCUCCACAAAUUUUUCUACAGGGUGGGGCAUCUUUGUGGCCCGCUUUGAAUUGGCUAUAACUUCUUUAGUUUUUGGCCAAAUGUUAAAAUUCUUUUUUCCCCUGAAUCCUCAGACAUUCCCAUUUUGUAUGAUACCAAAUAUGUUAUACAUAGGUACAAAAAGAUUGGGCCCGGUUUUGUCCCCACCGCGGUUUUGUCCCCAAGACGGUUUUGUCCCCAGGACGUUUUUGUCCCCACUUUUUUCGAGCCUUUUUGUCCCCAGACCGGUUUUGUCCCCAGGACGGUUUUGUCCCCAAGACGUUUUUGUCCCCACUUUUUUUAUUUUUUUGUCCCCACACCGGUUUUGUCCCCAGGACGUUUUUGUCCCCAAGCUGGAUAGUACGAUUAAAAGUUAUGCACGCAGAUGUUAAUGCUGUUGGUUUGGUGCACAGUACUGCUCAAACAACAUGUUCCUAGCACUUGGUACUGUAUAGUACAAGGUGGUACUAUAUAGCACGAGGUAAAAAUUAAGCCAUAACGCGUGAAUGACGUUGUUUUGGUAUGCAGUACUGAUCAGACGUUCAUUUUGUACAAAAACCAAUUCGUGCUAUAUAGUACCAUGCGCUAAAACACAUUUUUGAGAAGUACUGGGCUUAAAACCCAUAGCAUUGACGUGUUAUGGCUUUUUACCUCGUGCUAUAUAGUACCACCUUGUACUAUACAGUACCAAGUGCUAAAACACAUUUUUUGAGAAGUACUGGGCUUCAAACCAAUAGCAUUAACAUCUGAGUGCAUAAUUUUUAAUCGCUUGGGGACAAAAACGUCCUGGGGACAAAACCGUUGUGGGGACAAAAAAAUAAAAAAAGUGGGGACAAAAACGUCUUGGGGACAAAACCGUCCUGGGGACAAAACCGUUGUGGGGACAAAAAAAUAAAAAAAGUGGGGACAAAAACGUCUUGGGGACAAAACCGUCCUGGGGACAAAACCGGUCUGGGGACAAAAAGGCUCGAAAAAAGUGGGGACAAAAACGUCCUGGGGACAAAACCGUCUUGGGGACAAAACCGGGGUGGGGACAAAAACGUCCACUACGGUACAAAAAACCCUGUACAAAAAGUAAAAAAUUUUCAUGCAAAAAAAGGUUAUGGGCAAAAACCGUCUUUUGUCUGGGCGACUCUACUCGUUACGCGUGAUCUCUACACAACAAUUUUUUUUAAAAUUUUUCGGCUGCCGCCAAAAAGUGGUAGCUAAAAAUUUUAAAAAAUAACAUGACGCUGAUGCAGAACCGGGAUAAAAAAUUUGUACAAAAAUCAAGUUUUCCACACUAAUAGACUUCCCUUUUUUGAAGUUUGUAGGGUCACUGUUUGACCAUUUACAAUCAACAUUGAGGUAUUAUUAUUCUGUUAAUCAACCCUUUCCAGAGCGCCCAAAUCAUCACCGGCAGUCACUUCAGUCAACUGUAUCGACUCGGCUAUAAAUUAUUGUUGACCUGUCGAGCUCGCGGAGAGCCGAGGCCGAUGAUAAAGUGGUUCAAGGAGGGCGCUGAACUGCCUCCCAAGAGCAAUACACAUGUAUGUUGCAAAAAAAAAACAAAUAACUUUUAAUCGUUUGCAGUACUACGAAAAACCCAUAGGAAAAGAUGAGAUCUGGAGCAAACUGGAGAUUGAUCCGGCGACGAUGGGCGAUCAAGGAGUGUAUGCGUGCGUAGCGAAUAAUCAGCAUGGCGUCAUGGCGAAGAAUUUCAAAGCUGAAUAUACAUAUUAA